GUGCUGCUGCUGCUGCUGCUGCCGGUGCUGCUCAGACCUUUCUUUACAGAGUGAGGGAGGCGCAUUGGAGUGACAGAGGCGGCUGCUACUGAUCCUCACUCCCCGCGCUGCUGCUUCUACUGCAACUGCCAGUUGCUCUUCUACUGACAAGUGGCCGGUGUCUGCGACUGCUCUUCCCCGGCGGCAGGAGGAACAGGCGGCUCGUGCGGCCCUGGGAGUUCGGAAUAUAACGGUGGGACUGGGAUGCGGCCAUGGACCUUGGUGCGGGGGGACAAGCGGGGAAAGUUACUGAGGAGCAGUCGGUCGCACCGGGAAUCUGAGCGCUGACAGCAGCUGGAUCUGUGAGCUUUCUCACCCGCCUUCUCUUUCUUCACCUUCCGGAGCUCCUAUAUUAUUCUCCAAGGAUCCUGAGCCCCCACUGUCCUUCUUUUGCACUGCGCCUGCCCCCAGCUCUGGCACCCACUGUCCUUCUAUUGCCCCCAGCUCUGGCACCCACUGGCUUCUCUUUGGUCCCCUGACUCCUGCCCCCUCCACUGAGCUCAGAUACUUUAUCCCACAACUUCAUAUUCACAGCUAAAAGUUUUGCACCAAGUUCCCUGUGCCAGGCCAAACCAAGUGCCCACUCCCUGUGCCCUCACCUUGUGCUGCUCAUUCCUUUCUGCAUUACCCCCUCUCCCUGUGCCCAGACCCAGUUCUGCCUCUGCAUUACCCCUUUUAAUUUCUGCCCUGAUCCAUCCUUAUUUUGUGCAUUAUCCCUACUCCUACCCCUACUCCUACCUCUUCUCCUACCCCUACUCCUACCUCUACCCUGAUCCCUGCCCAUUUAACAAGUUACUAUUGGCCAGUGAAGGUGCCACCGGUCACUGAACUUUGGAAGUGAAUAAACCUCUGCCCAGUUGGCACCAGAUUCUCAGCAGGGACCCAAGUCUCAGUGGAUUUAAAGUAACAGAGCAGCAUUAUUCAUGGCAGCCAAGUAACCAGUGUGGGAUAAGUAUCAGCUGGAGACGUUGCCUAUCCCUGGGCUACAAGGAGCUGCCUGGCACUGAGUUCUGCUGCCCCAUGAGAGGAGUUAGUGCUGCCCCAGUCAUGUGGUUGGAGGGCUCCCCCCUGGCACUAUUGGCGGCUGUUUCUUUCCUUCUCUCAGUGCUGGCGGCUGCCCAGGGGAGCGGGGAAUACUGCCACGGUUGGCUGGAUGCCCAGGCCGUGUGGAGGGACGGAUUCCAGUGCCCGGAGCGAUUUGAUGGGGACGAUUCGACCAUCUGCUGCGGCAAGUGUGAGCUGCGCUACUGCUGUUCCAGCGCUGAGGCCAGGCUCGAUCAGGGCACGUGUGAUAACGACCGACAGCAGGGGGCGCCAGAUCACGGCAGGCCGGACAAGGACAGUCACGAUUCGGCAGCAGUUCCUAUCUAUGUGCCAUUUUUAAUCGUGGGCUCUGUUUUUGUGGCCUUCAUUAUCGUGGGUUCUCUGGUGGCAGUGUGCUGUUGCAGAUGUCUACGUCCAAAACAAGAGCCCCAGCAGAGCCGACCUUCUGGAAGUAACCGGUUGAUGGAGACCAUCCCUAUGAUCUCAAGUGCCAGCACAUCCCGUGGUUCUUCUUCUCGUCAAUCCAGCACGGCAGCCAGUUCUAGUUCCAGUGCCAAUUCUGGAGCAAGGGCACCUCCAACCCGAUCCCAAACCAACUGUUGUUUGCCGGAAGGGGCAAUGAAUAACCUUUAUGUAAACAUGCCUACCAACUUCUCAGUGUUGAACUGCCAACAGGCCACACAGCUUGUUCCACACCAAGGACAGUAUCUUCACCCUCAGUUUGUAGGCUAUGCUGUGCCACAUGACUCUGUACCCAUGACUCCAGUGCCCCCGUUUAUGGACGGUCUGCAAGGGGGAUAUAGGCAAAUGCAGUCACCGUACCCACACAGUAACCCUGAACAGAUGAUGUACCCAGCUGUGACUGUGUAAAUAGCAGCACCUCAGACUCAUUUGGGAAUGAAAGCAUUGAAAUUACUGCUUGCAGCUUGGACUUGAGAAGAUUUGGGAACACUGUGUAUUGGGCUACGUGGUGAGGGAAAAUACUGAAUGGUGAUCUUGUACCAUGCAUGAAUUACAAUCACUAAGAGGUUGUUUUUAAAACUCUUCUGAAUGUGCAUUUACAUUUUUUAAGGAUACAUUUUUUUGUGUUGGAGAAACCUGAGCCAUUAACUCUCUUGUUUGCUGGAACUUUCAGGAGAGCUUCAGCAAUGGGGAGAUGAGAAGUAUCCUUCUUCUGCUAGAACUUCUCCCAUCGCUCAAUGCAAGUGUAAAAAUUCAGGGGCUGGCAUUGUGUUUGGAGAUAAGGGGCAUGUAAAGUCUAAAAUAGAAUAAGGCUAGAAAUGCUGUAUUUUGUAUACUAAAUAUAAACAUGAACCUACUGCACCACAAGCCCAAUCAAACAAAUAAUUUAUGCUUUCAAAGUUGGCUAC